GCUGCUUGGCCGCCUGCCUCCACCAGCCUGGCUGGGCCACCCGGACCCUAUAAGGCCUGGGAGCGGGCAGGGCCAGCUGACAGCUGCGGCGUCUCCCUCCAGGGCGCCCGGGACUCCUGCGAGCCGCGCUCAGCCGCCCGGGGACGCCAGGCCCAGCUCUUAACUGCUGCCAUGUCUGCUCCAGAGCAAGAGGGCCGGGGCGCCCCUAAACCCAAGGGCAAGACCCUGGGCAGCUUCCUCGCCUCCCUGCCUGGCUUCAGCUCCGCCCGGAACCUGGUGUCUGGGGCCCACAGUGCCUCGAGAGAAGCCAGGCCGCCCGCCGACCCCGCAGGUCCCCCUGGCCCUGAGGCUGAAGCCUCUGUCCCUGCAGUGGCCACCGACCCAGCAGCGACGGCCAGGGGCGCAGAGAAGCUGCCACAGCCUUCAGGAAAGCAGGUGCCCAAGUCUAAGGAAGCCGCCUCCUCCGGGAUGGCCACCCUGAUGGAUGCAGCCCAGGGGGUGGUGCAGGGAGGCGUGGACACCACCUGUUCAGCCCUGAUAGGCGCCAAGGACACGGUGGCUGGAGGGGUCAUGGGGGUGGUGGGCAUGGCCAAAGGGGUUGUGCAAGGGGGCCUGGACACCUCAAAGGCCGUUCUCGUGGGCACAAAGGACACAGUGACCACUGGGCUCACGGGGGCAGCGAAUGUGGCCAAGGGAGCUGUCCAAGGGGGCCUGGACACAUCAAAGGCCGUUCUCGUGGGCACAAAGGACACAGUGACCACUGGGCUCACGGGGGCAGCAAAUGUGGCCAAGGGAGCUGUCCAGACCGGCCUGGACACCACCAAGACUGUGCUGACCGGCACCAAGGACACCGUGUGCAGCGGGCUGACAGGAGCUGUGAAUGUGGCCAAAGGAGCUGCCCAAGGGGGCCUGGACACAUCAAAAGCUGUCCUCAUGGGCACCAAAGACACGGUGACCACUGGGCUCACGGGGGCAGUCAAUGUGGCCAAAGGCACAGUGCAGACUGGCCUGGACACCACCAAGACCGUGCUGACCGGAACCAAGGACACCGUGUGCAGCGGGCUGACAGGAGCUGUGAAUGUGGCCAAGGGAGCUGCCCAAGGGGGCCUGGACACAUCAAAAGCUGUCCUCAUGGGCACCAAAGACACGGUGACCACUGGGCUCACGGGGGCAGCGAAUGUGGCCAAGGGAGCUGUCCAGACAGGCCUGGACACAUCAAAAGCUGUCCUCACGGGCACCAAAGACACGGUGACCACUGGGCUCACGGGGGCAGCGAAUGUGGCCAAGGGAGCUGUCCAGACAGGCCUGGACACCACCAAGACUGUGCUGACCGGCACCAAGGACACCGUGUGCAGCGGGCUGACAGGAGCUGUGAAUGUGGCCAAGGGAGCUGCCCAAGGGGGCCUGGACACAUCAAAAGCUGUCCUCAUGGGCACCAAAGACACGGUGACCACUGGGCUCACGGGGGCAGCGAAUGUGGCCAAGGGAGCUGUCCAGACAGGCCUGGACACAUCAAAAGCUGUCCUCACGGGCACCAAAGACACACUGACCACUGGGCUCACGGGGGCAGUCAAUGUGGCCAAAGGCACAGUGCAGACUGGCCUGGACACCACCAAGACCGUGCUGACCGGAACCAAGGACACCGUGUGCAGCGGGCUGACAGGAGCUGUGAAUGUGGCCAAGGGAGCUGCCCAAGGGGGCCUGGACACAUCAAAAGCUGUCCUCAUGGGCACCAAAGACACAGUGACCACUGGGCUCACGGGGGCAGCGAAUGUGGCCAAGGGAGCUGUCCAGACAGGCCUGGACACAUCAAAAGCUGUCCUCACGGGCACCAAAGACACGGUGACCACUGGGCUCACGGGAGCAGCGAAUGUGGCCAAGGGAGCUGUCCAGACCGGCCUGGACACCACCAAGACUGUGCUGACUGGCACCAAGGACACCGUGUGCAGUGGACUGACAGGAGCUGUGAAUGUGGCCAAGGGAGCUGCCCAAGGGGGCCUGGACACAUCAAAAGCUGUCCUCAUGGGCACCAAAGACACGGUGACCACUGGGCUCACGGGGGCAGCGAAUGUGGCCAAGGGAGCUGUCCAGACAGGCCUGGACACAACAAAAGCUGUCCUCACGGGCACCAAAGACACGGUGACCACUGGGCUCACGGGGGCAGUCAAUGUGGCCAAAGGCACAGUGCAGACUGGCCUGGACACCACCAAGACCGUGCUGACCGGAACCAAGGACACCGUGUGCAGCGGGCUGACAGGAGCUGUGAAUGUGGCCAAGGGAGCUGCCCAAGGGGGCCUGGACACAUCAAAAGCUGUCCUCAUGGGCACCAAAGACACGGUGACCACUGGGCUCACGGGGGCAGCGAAUGUGGCCAAGGGAGCUGUCCAGACAGGCCUGGACACAUCAAAAGCUGUCCUCACGGGCACCAAAGACACGGUGACCACUGGGCUCACGGGGGCAGCGAAUGUGGCCAAGGGAGCUGUCCAGACAGGCCUGGACACCACCAAGACUGUGCUGACCGGCACCAAGGACACCGUGUGCAGCGGGCUGACAGGAGCUGUGAAUGUGGCCAAGGGAGCUGCCCAAGGGGGCUUGGACACAUCAAAAGCUGUCCUCAUGGGCACCAAAGACACGGUGACCACUGGGCUCACGGGGGCAGUCAAUGUGGCCAAAGGCACAGUGCAGACUGGACUGGACACCACCAAGACCGUGCUGACCGGAACCAAGGACACCGUGUGCAGCGGGCUGACAGGAGCUGUGAAUGUGGCCAAGGGAGCUGCCCAAGGGGGCCUGGACACAUCAAAAGCUGUCCUCAUGGGCACCAAAGACACGGUGACCACUGGGCUCACGGGGGCAGCGAAUGUGGCCAAGGGAGCUGUCCAGACAGGCCUGGACACAUCAAAAGCUGUCCUCACGGGCACCAAAGACACAGUGACCACUGGGCUCACGGGGGCAGUCAAUGUGGCCAAAGGCACAGUGCAGACUGGCCUGGACACCACCAAGACCGUGCUGACCGGAACCAAGGACACGGUGUGCAGCAGGCUGACAGGAGCUGUGAAUGUGACCAAGGGAGCUGCCCAAGGGGGCCUGGACACAUCAAAAGCUGUCCUCAUGGGCACCAAAGACACGGUGACCACUGGGCUCACGGGGGCAGCGAAUGUGGCCAAGGGAGCUGUCCAGACCGGCCUGGACACCACCAAGACUGUGCUGACCGGCACCAAGGACACCGUGUGCAGUGGACUGACAGGAGCUGUGAAUGUGGCCAAGGGAGCUGCCCAAGGGGGCCUGGACACAUCAAAAGCUGUCCUCAUGGGCACCAAAGACACGGUGACCACUGGGCUCAUGGGGGCAGCAAAUGUGGCCAAGGGAGCUGUCCAGACAGGCCUGGACACAUCAAAAGCUGUCCUCAUGGGCACCAAAGACACAGUGACCACUGGACUCACAGGGGCAGCGAAUGUGGCCAAAGGCACAGUGCAGACUGGCCUGGACACCACCAAGACCGUGCUGACCGGCACCAAGGACACCGUGUGCAGCGGGCUGACAGGAGCUGUGAAUGUGGCCAAGGGAGCUGCCCAAGGGGGCCUGGACACAUCAAAAGCUGUCCUCAUGGGCACUAAAGACACAGUGACCACUGGACUCAUGGGGGCAGCGAAUGUGGCCAAGGGAGCUGUCCAGACAGGCCUGGACACAUCAAAAGCUGUCCUCACGGGCACCAAAGACACAGUGACCACUGGGCUCACGGGGGCAGCGAAUCUGGCUAAGGAAGCCAUCCAUACUGGCCUCGACACCACCAAGACUGUGCUGACUGGCACUAAGGACACGCUGUCCACUGGAGUCUCCGGGGUAGUAAAUUUGGCCCAAGGGACUGUCCAGACUGGUCUUGGUGCCACACAAACUGUAUUCAGUGGCAGUAAAGACACUGUACACAGUGGGCUGACCGGAGCUGUGAAUGUGGCAAAGGAUGCUGUCCAGGGGGCCCUGGACACCACCACAUCAGUGAUUAUGGGCCCCAAGGAUGCCAUGUCCUGUGGGCUCAAGAGGGCCAUGAAUGUGGGCAAAGGGGCUGCCCAGGGCAGCUUGGAUGCCACCAAGAACAUAUUGGCCAGCACCAAAGAGGCAGCCUCUGCUGGGCUCGCUGGGACAGGGAACACGGCCACAGGUGCUGCCUACGCUAGUCUCAGCACUGUCCCUGGUAGCCACACCGCCACCUGGGAAGAAGCCACCAGCUGCCAGGCCUCAGACAAAAGUGGGCAAUGCACUGCCUUGAGUCCCCAAGAAGUCCUGUCCUCUGGGGCCUCCAGCUUCUCAGACCCGCUUGCUGCAGGCCUGCAGUGGACUGGGGGACCUGUGGCUGCCACUGGAAGCCUGGCAUCUGAUGGGGCCACCCCCGGCGGUCAGCAAGCAGCUGCUAGCUUCGCGAUGCUGCGGGACGAGCUGGAGGGGCUGGAGCUCUUCCAGCCCCUGAGCGCUGAGGAACAAGCCCAGCUGGCGGCCUCCGAGCUGGGGCCCAAGGUACUCACAGUGGACCAGGGGAGCUACUUCGUCCGGCUUGGCGACCUGGCCCCUAGCUGGCGCCAGCGGGCUUUCCAACACGCCCUGAGCCACGUGCAGCACCACCAAUUCCAAGCCAGGGACGCUGUGGCCCAGCUGCAGAGCUCCUUCCAGGUGAUUGAGAAAGCCACGAAGGCUCCAGGAGGGCAGCUGAGUGUGGACCAGGGCUCGGAUGCCCCUGUGGAGGACGCUGGGACCCCAGAGGCGCUGGCCAGGGUCUGCGCACUCGUCUGGCAGCUGCACACGGCCUACAGCGGCCUGGCUGCCUGCCUGCAGGGGCUGCCCGAGCACCAGCGGCAGGUGAACCGGGCGCGGCACAGCCUCUGUGAUCUCUACAGCAUCGUGUCCUCCUCGGGCCCCGGGGAGGAGCUGCCAGCUGAGCGCCUGGCACAGAGCCGAGAGGGCAUGGACCAGGCGUGGCGCGGGCUGGACCAGCUGCUGGACGGCCUGCAGCACAGCCCGCCACUGGGCUGGCUGGUGGGGCCCUUUGCCCUGGUCCCCAACACAAAGCGGGUGUAGGCAGGUCUACACCUGCCUGCCUGGCAGGGUGGCCUCCUCAGAACAUUCUUCCCUAAGCCCAGCCCCGCUCCCGAAAGUCUGGGCCCUGCAGGCUGGAGCUGGUCAGACCCCAGUGGCCAAAGGGGGCACAAUCUCCGAGUCCCAUCACCACGCCCAGGCCAGGCUGCAAGCACCCCGUCCCUUCUCUGGGUGCCCGACCUAGCCCUUCAGUCUCCUGCUGAAGAUGGGAACCGAGCACCUGGUGGGCCAGCAGCAGACGUGGGCCAGGCUGAAAGCGGAGGGAGCCGGGGCUGGGGAGGCCACAGAAUGCCGCAGGUGGCAGCCCACCUCCAGGGGCCCCAGGCAUGGGCACGGGAAGCCCAGAGCCCUUAGGAUGGCAGCAUGAACACAACCACUGCCAGCUUCACCCGGCCAGGGCCUGGAGCCGCUGCCACCCCCCGCGACACAUGGGGCCUGAAGCUCUGCUCCCCCUGCUUCACUGGAGCCCCGCUACCUGUGGCUGCUGGGGGUCAGGACAGGCAGCCCGCUUGUCCCUGGAGGGCCCUGUGAGUGCCAGGAGCUGGAGUGUCCAGCAGCCCCCGGCCACAGGCUCAUGACAGGGCAGCCGGCUGUCCCGAGCCCUGCCCUUCCUUCCUAGCCUGACACGGGCUCCCCAGGGGCUGUGACAGUUGACAGCCACAUGCAGAGACCAGGCCCAGCACCCCAGCUCCUGUCCCCUGAAACCACACAGGGACCACAGCUGGGGAAAUCUGUCCCCUCCACAGCCAUCUCCUGCUGGGACUCGAGACCUGAGCAGUGCCGCACGGGAAGAGGGCGCUGCCAGGCACUGCAGGCUCCACCUCCCCUGAAGCCCCUGACACCAGGGAGGGCAGGGAAGCCCCCAGGGUGGAGGGAAGGCCACACAGCAGGCUGGAGACAGAGCUGGGAGGAGCCUGGUCCCUGGGGACAGAGAGCCCACAGCAGCCCGCUGGUCCUGAGCUGGCACCAGGGAUCGGGGCUCCCGGGGGCCCAGAGCCACCUUUGGCCCAGGUCACGCAGCGACACGGCUGAGUGAGCAAAGAUCCUCGCUGACUCCCCGACCACAGCCCUCCAUGGCCACCUCUGUCCCUGCCCAGCCUUCGGCCAGGAGAACUACAUGUGAGGUCCCCCACGAGACCCUGCCUGGCCCACCGUCCUUGGCCACGCUGCCCAUGGCUGCCCUGCAUGGCCCCUGCCUGCUGCAGGGGCCUCUUGCCUUGACCAGUCCAGCUGCAACAGGAAACCCAGUCAAUAAAGGUCAGCUUUUCAUUAAAAAA